AUGGAAGACGGCGACACACAAGAAGUUGGAGGCGUUCGGGUCGCUGUGGAGGGAUGUGGCCAUGGCACUCUUAAUGCCAUUUACGCAUCGGUCGAGAUAGCAGCAAAGCUGAGAGGAUGGGAUGAUGGCGUCGACCUCCUCAUCAUCGGCGGUGACUUCCAAGCCGUUCGCAAUGCUGCAGAUCUGACUGUGAUGUCUUGUCCCGUCAAGUUCCGCGAAUUGGGUGAUUUUCCCGCGUACUACAGCGGCGAGAAGAAGGCACCGAUUCUCACCAUCUUCAUCGGCGGGAAUCACGAGGCCGCAUCUCAUCUCUGGGAGCUCUACUAUGGCGGUUGGGUCGCUCCCAACAUUUACUACCUCGGCGCUGCCAAUGUGCUUCGGUUCGGGCCGAUCCGCAUCGCCGGUCUCAGCGGUAUCUGGAAGGGAUUCGACUACAACAAGCCUCACAUCGAGCGUUUGCCGUUCAACCAGGAUGACGUCAAGAGCUUCUACCACGUGCGCGAGAUCGACGUGAGGAAGCUGCUACUAAUACGAGAACAAGUGGACAUCGGUAUGAGCCAUGAUUGGCCCAGAGCUGUUGAGAAAAGCGGUGACGGCAAAGCGCUGUGGAGAAUGAAGCCUGACUUCAAGCAGGAGAGUGAGGCUGGCACGCUUGGUAGCCAGGCCGCGACUUAUGUGAUGGACCGAUUGAGACCUGCAUACUGGUUCUCUGCCCAUAUGCAUUGCAAAUUCACGGCUGUGAAGACUUACUCACCCAGCGGAGAGGCCAAUGCGGAGGCCUUGGCUGCUGCAGGGCAGAAUAACGCAAGCAAGGAAGCCGCCAGCGACCAAGUCGCGAACCCUGACGAGAUCGAUCUAGAUAUGGACGACGACGAGGAGACACCUGUCCAGCCAGAAGCCCUUACACAGCCAGGCAACGCAGUACCCGAGGAUCUGCGCUCGCAACUGCCAGCUUCUUUUGCCGCCCCGGUUGCUCAGGCCAACCUGACACCGGUGGAGCCGACUAUUGUUCCACCGACUAUCACCAACACAAUUACCCGCUUCUUUGCACUGGACAAGUGUCUUCCGGGUCGAAAGUUCCUUCAGCUGCUCUACGUUCUACCAGUAACCCCAGCAACCACCGCGAACGGGGCUAAGUACCGUCUGCAAUAUGACCCCGAAUGGCUUGCAAUUACUCGCACGUUCCAUCAAUACCUCGAGAUUGGCAAGCGUAACUCAAAAACCCCACCAAACUUAGGAGAAGCCGCCUAUCGGCCUCUCAUUGAGAAGGAGAUAGAGUGGGUUAAUGAGCACGUUGUCCAGCAAGAAAAGCUCGACGUGCCUUGCAAUUUCGCAACCACUGCGCCACCGCACGUUCCAGGAGCCCCAGAGAGGGUAGAGGAACAGCCUGACGAGUACACCAACCCCCAGACAGCUGCGUUCUGCGACCUUCUUGAACUGGACAAUAUUUGGGAUGCGACUGCCGAAGAGCGAGCCUUAUUGAAGCAACAAGGUCCACCUCCGGAAAGCUUCCACCGCGGAGCUGGAGGCGGCCAAAGGGGUAGGGGAGGUGACCGAGGCGGGCGGUUUGGGAGAGGCCGAGGAAGAGGAAGAGGAAGAGGUCGUGGGCGAUGA